AUGAAGAGUAUCAAAGGACAGACACUGUAUCGUGUCAUGCGCUUCUCCUGUUGCUUGGCAUUCGGGUUGUACGGAUACGAUGCUGGCGUUCUGGGUGGGGUUCAAGACACGGCCCCUUUCCGUGAAGCUCUCGGGAACCCAACGGGGUCUUAUAUCAUUCCAAUGGUGGCAUCAAGCUAUACAUUAGCCGCCGCCGUGUGUGCUCUUGCUGUCUCAUGGCUCGGUAUGCCUUUGGGUAGACGGGGUUGCGUUGUCCUAGGUGACAUUCUGGUAGUCAUUGGUGGGAGUCUCCAAGCGUCGUCUUGGUCCGUGGGCCAGAUAAUAGCAGGAAGAGUUCUUUGUGGAUUUGGAAUCGGGUUUAUCUCAUGCGCAGUACCAACAUACAUGGCUGAAAUGAGUCUCACCGAGAAGGAACGUGGCCCAGAGGUGGCAUUACAAUGCGUGUUCCUUGUCAGCGGCUGUGCAUUUGCCUACUGGGUAGACUUCGGCUUUACUCGCCUCGAUAAUCAGCUAUCUUGGCGUUUCCCUCUCGGCUUUCAAGCCCUCCUUGCCGCUAUCUCUGGAGUGACCAUGUUUUUGCUCCCAGACACCCCUCGGUGGUACUAUGCUCGUGGUCGUCUUGAGGAAGCGGAUGCAAUUCUUGCCCGCCUUCAUGACCAACCGGUCUCUAGUCCUGCGGUCCAGGCAAUGCGGCAGUCAAUUCUCUCCUCUCUUGAGCACGAGGCAGAGGAGACAAAGUCCAUAAAUGUUCUCGAUUUAAUUUGGGAUCGAUCGAACUUGCGAGUUGGGCGUCGUAUUCGAAUUUCCUUCUUGAUCUUGUCACUCCAACAGAUGAUGGGAAUCAACAUUGCCGUUUACUACAGUGUGACUAUCUUUUCACAAAUUGGCCUUUCCUCGACAAUUUCCCAGCUUCUCGCUGCUGUCAUGAACACUAUUUUCGCGAUCAGAUCGUUCCUUCUUCCGAGUACAAUUGAAAGGUUUGGACGAAGGAAGAUAAUGAUAUACUCUGCUUGUGGCCUCGGAAUUUGCCUCGCGGUUUUCAUCGGCAUGAUCGGAUCUCCACAUCCCACAUUGGCAAAGCAAUGGACAGCAGUUGCAGCCAUCGUUGUUUAUAACUUAAUUUUUGGGUACGGGUGGAUUGGUGUUUGUUGGCUGUAUGGCCCCGAGAUUGCCCCGCUCCAGUUUCGCCACGUUGGGGCUGCGGCUGGUGCGUUUGGGGAAUGGCUCUUUUGUUUCAUCACCGUGUUUGCUGGAGGAAUCGGGCUCAAUAACGUUGGGUGGAAAUUAUGGAUUUGGUGUCUUGCUUCCUGUGCCGUGGCCAUACCUUUCGUCUGGUUCAUGUGUCCUGAGACGACUGGAAAGACGCUUGAAGAAAUUGAUCUGCUUUUUGAGAAGAGGGGUGAUGCUCUCGGUAGCAAUUCAUAUUACCAACAUCAGCAGCACAAAUUGAAGGAGAUAAACUUCAUCCACCAAGAGAGCGUCGAUGUGUGA